UAUUUUACUGUUUUAUGGAAUAUUUCGUUCAAAAAAUACCCCUUUUAAUAAAUCUGCAUGUUGCCAGACCUAAGAUUGCGUGCGAAGAUCUUCCUGAACUAUUACCGCAGAUUGCAGAUAACGAGGAUAUACAUACAUUGUAGUCUUUUUAAGCAUAUGCAGAGGAUAGGAUAAAUGAUAAGCAUUUAAUGGAACCACACGCUAUGAAUUUUCAUUAAAAAAUGAUUUGAUGUGAACAAGAAACUUUGAGUCUAUAAACUAUUAAAACAGAAGAAAUAUUUUCGAUAUAUAAUUUUACUUGUAAAAAUAUUUUCUUUUCUGUAAACAUAAACUGCGCAACUUAACUAGCGGGUAUCUUUCUUUGAUCAAUCAUUUUAGC